UUCGAUAAAUAAAAUAACAGUGUUUGAAUAGCGGACGAUGUAUUAGAGUGUCUCUCUACUAACAAGUCGAUUGAAGUGAAAAUUAAACAAAAGAUAACAGCAAAAUCAAAGCUUUUAUCAGUAACUUAUUUCAAAUUAUUAAAACAAAUCAAGGCACUUUUGCAUCCGACUCUCAUCACUCAACACAUCAAUAAAAUGUCUAAAGUACCAAAAGUUAAACUCAACAGCGGCUAUGAGAUCCCUCAGUUUGGUCUAGGAACAUGGAAGUCCAAGCCUGGCGAAGUAGAACAGGCAGUAAAGGAUGCGAUCGAUAUAGGCUACAGACACAUCGACUGCGCGUAUAUCUACGGCAAUGAGAAGGAAGUUGGAGCAGCUCUCAAAGCCAAGUUUGAAGAUGGAACCGUCAAAAGGGAAGAUCUGUUCGUUACCAGCAAGUUAUGGAACACCUUCCACAGACCUGAUCUCGUUCCGGGUGCCGUGAAAGAAUCAUUGAAAAAUCUAGGAUUGGAGUAUUUGGAUUUAUACCUGAUUCACUGGCCUCAAGGUUACAAGGAAGAUGGAGAAACAUUCCCAAGAGAUGCUGCAGGAAACAUUUUGUUCAGCGAUGUGGAUUAUGUGGACACCUGGAAAGCGAUGGAAGAGGUUGCCAAAACAGGGUAUGCAAAAUCCAUUGGGGUUUCUAAUUUCAACAAGAGCCAACUCGAAAGGGUUCUUGCAGCUGCUUCAAUUAAACCAGCUGUUAACCAGGUAGAAUGCCACCCUUACCUGAACCAAAGUAAGUUGAUCGACUUCUGCAGAUCCAAAGGAAUCGCCGUUACAGGCUACAGUCCAUUGGGUUCCCCAGAUCGUCCAUGGGCAACCCCUGAAGAGCCCCAGCUGAUGGAUGAUCCCAAGUUGAAAGAGCUUGCAAAGAAGUACAACAAGACCCCAGCUCAGAUACUUCUGAGGUAUCCCAUAGAAAGAGGAGUGAUAACAAUUCCAAAGUCUGUAACGAAGUCAAGGAUCCAGCAGAAUUUCGAAAUUUUCGACUUCUCCUUGUCCAAAGAAGAUGUUGCUUAUUUGGAUACUUUUGACUGCAACGGGAGAUUCUGUCCAAUGACAGCAUCCUUGGGUCACAAAUACCAUCCAUUUGAACACGACGACUAUUAAAAACUGUUAAUCCUAAGUGAGCUAUAUCUACGAAUGUAUUUUGUUUUCAUUGAAAGUUCAUAAUCCUCAAUGAUAUCAUUAAAUGUCUCCAUGUAACUAGU